AAUGAGCAAAACAGCCAGGCAGAGUCAGUCUCCAGAAGGUCUGAGACAGACAGACUGAGAAUUGCUCCUCCUGGUUCUGAAUUGGGUUCCCAUCCCAAGGAAGGAAUAUAUUUUCCACCUCUGGUUGCUGUGUAUUGCUGUGCAUUUCUGUAAACAUGAAGGCACUUGAGAUUCUACUUCUCUUGGAAAUUGUGGGCAACUUCCCAGCUUUUUCAAGACCUUCUUCUUCAGUUCACUGCCACUGGAAUUCAUUUGGUCCUUGGUCAGAAUGUGAUGGCUGUACUAAGACUCAGAUUCGUAGACGGACUGUAGCAGUUUAUGCACAAUUUGGAGGACAUCCAUGUUCAGGGAGUUCAUUCGAAAUGCGCCCAUGUGUUGCUACAAGAGGAUGUCCAUCAGAAGAAGGAUGUGGUUAUCGUUUUAGAUGUUCCUCAGGACAAUGCAUUAGCCGAUCAUUGGUGUGCAAUGGAGAUCAAGACUGUGAAGAAGAUGGUGCUGAUGAAGACCGAUGUGAUGAAGUCAAGACUGUUUGUGAAAACGUGAAGCCUCCACUUAAGUCCCCUCCUAAUGUUGAGCUUACAGGAGCAGGUUUUGAUGCACUUACUGGGGAAAUGAAAGCUGGAGUCAUUCACACAAAGAGUUUCGGUGGCCAAUGUAGAAAAGUGUUCAGCGGUGACCAGAGACAAUAUUAUCGACUGAGUGAUAACAUCCUUGCUUAUACAUUCCAGGUUAAAAUUGACAAUGACUUCAGCACUGAGUUUUACAACAGUAGCUGGUCUUACAUGAAAACUACACAGAAUAAGGUGACCUCAAACGCUAAUUAUGAUACCAGAACAAGAGAUGUUCAAGAGAGCAGUUCAAAGAGUAACCACCUGAUGGUUAUUGAAAACAGUGUAGAAGUUGCUCAGUUCAUGAACAAUCAGCCAGAAUUUCUCAAUCUUGCUGAGCCUUUCUGGAAAGAUCUUGCUAACCUUCCUGCCUUUUAUGAAUACAAUGCAUACCGAAGAUUAAUUGAACGUUAUGGAACACAUUUCCUGCAGUCUGGAUCUUUAGGAGGAUAUUACAAAAGUAUUUUUCAUGUGGCAACAGACAGUAUCAAAGAAAAAGGUUUGAGCACAAGAGACAUGCACAAGUGUACUUCAUCAGGGUACAAUUAUUUUUUUGUAAAAAAGAAGAAAACAGAAUGUGAAAAACUAGAUGAGCUGCUGCGGCAAUCCUCAGGUAGCUCUUCAAAUCUGAUUAAAGCUGACCCAAUUGUAUUGGGCGGGAGUUCUACAGAUACAGCUGGCCUUAGCUACUUGGACCUUCAGAAUCCUGCUGCGAAUACUGAAAGAUAUUCCCGCUGGGCUAGAUCAGUGUCCUAUUUUCCUAGUGUAAUUAAGCAAAAGGUCACACCACUGUAUGAGUUGGUGAAGGAAAUACCUUGUGCCUCAGUCAAAAGACUUUACCUGAAACAAGCCAUCAAAGAAUACCUGAGUGAAAAUGAUCCCUGCAGAUGCCAGCCAUGUCAAAAUGGUGGUCAACCAGCCAUAGUUGAAACUCAGUGCCUAUGUUUCUGCAAACCAUAUACUUUUGGACCAGCUUGUGAGUUUGGAACUCUGGUACAAGACCAACCAGGUGUCAUCAAUGGUGGCUGGAGCUGCUGGUCCUCUUGGAGUCCUUGUACAGCAGGAAGGAAAUCAAGAACCCGAAGCUGUAAUAACCCAUACCCUAGUGGUGGUGGACAUUCCUGCAUUGGAGAAACAGUUGAAAACCAACAGUGUGAGGAUGAUGACUUGCAACAUUUUCGAACAAUAGAGCCUCACUGCUUUGACAUGUCUGCAUUUGGCACAGAAUCUUGCCCAUCACCCCCGCCCUUGGAAAAUGGAUACAUUCAAGAUGCUGAUUCAUCAUAUCCUAUGGGGAAAAGCAUCAGCUAUACUUGCAAUAAUGGAUAUGCUCUUGUGGGGGACCAAAUUGCUACAUGUGUUGAAGGACUGAAGUGGAGAAUUGGUCAGAUGGGAUGCCACAAAACAGCCUGUGUCUUACCUGAGUUGGAAGAAGGACUGAGUGGACACCCAGUGAAACCAUUGUAUGAAAUUGGAGAGAAAGUAAAACUCUCAUGCCCAGGUGAUAUGCAGCUGGAAGGGGCAGCUUUCCUUUUGUGUGAACCUAGUCUGAAAUGGUCUCCCAAUAUCAAUGAAAUCCACUGCAGGAGAAGAGCUCCCAGUGUGACUGUUCAACCAGCAGUGACUGAAUGUCAACCAUGGGAGAAAGUACAGGAGACAAGAUGUGUCUGUAAGAUGCCAUAUGAGUGCGGCUCUUCCCUGGAUGUCUGUGCCACAGACCAAAAAACCAAGAGAACCACAUUACUAACAAUCUGUAAGCUACAUGCUCUUGAGUGCACGGGCAGACAGUAUGCUUUGGUCAGUAAGGAAAACUGCAAAACUCCUGUUGCAAUGGAGAGAUCUUGUGGUUCGUGUCAUUUGUGGGAGACAUGUAAUGAUCCAACCAACCAGUGCACUUGCAGAACUGCUGAACCAUGCAGCGAAGGAGGAAUAAGCAUUUGUGUUGAUGUGGAAGGAAGGGUUGCCCAGCAGACAAUGACUGAAUGUGAGGCUGGCAUUCUCAAGUGCCAAGGAGAGAAUGUCCGCAUUGUUAGCAUAAGGCCAUGUGAUGGACAAAGCUCUUCAUAACCAAGAUGCAUCUGAAACAGGACUGGCUACACAGUAUGUUGUGUGAUAAGGAACUGAAGAAUGGGGAUAGGGGAAUUAUUAAAACUAGAUAAAAUGACAAAUCCCCAUAUAAGUGAUAUGAGGAGAGAAGGCUUUUAUAGUUUAAGAGAAGGCUUUUAUAUUUCAGGGACUGGAGUGGGCACUUCCCAUCUCCCCAGAUAACUGUAAGAGAGAAGGAAACUACCCAGUAUACAAUGUCAGAAAGGCAUUUUUUCCCAUGUUGAAAAUGUGGGGCUUUACUUUUCCCCAUAGAGGUGCAUGACAAUUGUUCAUUUACGUGGAUAAAAGUUAAGGGGAUCAUUUGGGGAAACUACUGGUGUACUAUUAACUGCCCCCUGUAUCUGAUGAUCACAUCUAUUGAGAUGUUAAUUCUUGUGUCUUCAUAGUCUCAUACUUAAUGCUUUAUUGGUCUUCCUGUAGCAGGAACAGGAAAUCUUUGACCUUCUCAGUGUUUUGAACAAUAGUUCCCACAAUCCCAUACCAUUAGCCACACCAGCUGGAGAUGAUGGGAGUUACUCGCCAAAAUGUAUUUCCUACCACUGCACUAAAAUAAUGGGUAUCCAAGUGUUGAGGCAGAACCAAAGGUUAUAAAUACUGUAUUUUCUGGCGUAUAAGACUACUUUUUAACCCAAGAAAAUCUUCUUAAAAGUCAGGGGUUGUCUUAUACGCCAGGUGUUGUCUUAUAGGGCAGGUGCUGA